GGCCCAUUUAUUUCAAAGUUUAAAGUGGUGCGAGUUCUUGAGAGGGAAACAGAGGAACGAAAAAACACACUCUGCUGUCUUCGCCUAUAGUUUUGCGCCUUGUAGAGUUCUCUCCAUUGGUAGCUAAAACAAACUUAUAGAUGUCAAAGGAGAAUAGCAAAAUCAUGACGCCGGAGCAAAGGGCUCGCAUCUCACAGAACUUCAAAGCCGCCAAGGCACUUCUUUCUCGCAAACGGCCUCUUGAUUCCUCCUCCUCCUCCUCCUCCAAGGAUGCCGAAUCGCCAUUUACUAAUGUUAAAAGAGUUCCUCUCAUGGAAAUGCAAACGAAUACGCCAUCGUCGUUUCGUGCAAAUGGAAUCAAAUCAAAUGAUAUUUCUUGUUCAAGGCUAACUAGUGUUUCUUUGGGAAAUGAAUGUUGUUUAGAUUCUGUUAUCACUCCUAUAAAACAGCACCCAGAGUGUUGGGGUUUAAGUGAUAACUUAUCUACACCUACUCUUCUAGAUGAUGACUUUGAUGAAUCUAUUCUGAAAGAGAUUGAUGCUAUAUGUGAUCAGAGUUCUGCUGCAAAAGUUGAAACUCAGAGGUUUAAUAGCAGCAGCUUUUCUGUGGAUAAAAGUGAGGAAAAUACUAGUGAUUUUACUACUUUACUUUCUAUUGCUGCAAGUGAGGAUAUAAGAACGCAAGGUACUUUGGAACCUAGAUUGGAGGAUAAAGAUACUUCCCAGACAGUAAAGCAUGGAAAUAUGCCUGAAGAAUACUCCAAAUACUUGCAGUCUUUAAAUAAUAGGCAACGGGAAGCAGCUUGUACUCAUAUUUCCAUCCCUUUGAUGAUAGUUGCUGGUCCAGGAAGUGGCAAGACGUCCACUAUUGUUGGGCGAGUUCUGAAGCUGCUUAGUGAGGGUAUCGGUCCAACAAACAUUCUUGCAAUGACUUUCACCACUUCAGCAGCUUCUGAGAUGCGAGAUCGCAUUGGAGGCGUGGCUGGGAAGGCAAUAGCUAAAGAACUUACAAUCAGCACGUUCCAUUCAUUUUCUUUGCAACUUUGUCGUUCACAUGCAGAGAAGUUAGAGCGCACAUCAGAGUUCUUGAUAUAUGGGCAUGGGCACCAGAGAAGAGCAAUUAUUGAGGCUGUGCGCCUAUUAGAAAAGGAAAAGACUGAUGUACAAAGUCUUCAUGCCUGCAAACCUGCUGAAGCUUUGAAUGGGAUAAUGUCUCCAGAAUAUUUCAAAGAAAAGUCAAAGAAAUGGCAAAAGUUUGUGACUCAGGCUAAAGCUUCAGGAAAGACACCUGCGGAUUACCAGAAAAUGGGUGAUGAGAUAGGAGCUUCAAUACUUAGGAACUACAACGACAUAUUGAAAUCUUGUAAUGCGCUGGACUACCACGAUUUAAUCAGCUGUUCUGUGAAGUUGCUUACUGAUUAUCCUGAUGUAUUCAAGGAGUGUCAGGAUUCAUGGAAGGCAAUUGUGGUAGAUGAGUUUCAGGACACAAGCGGCAUGCAAUACCGUCUUCUAAGACUUCUUGCAUCUCAUAAUCACAUAACUAUUGUUGGUGAUGAUGAUCAGUCCAUUUUCAGUUUCAAUGGAGCUGACAUAUCGGGGUUUGAUUCAUUUCGUCUAGACUUUCCAAAUUACAGAGAGAUUAGACUCAACAAAAACUAUCGAUCCACGCGUCAUAUUGUUGAGGCUGCAUCUUCUCUUAUCCAAAAUAAUAUGAAAAGAUGCCGGUUUAAGGAUGUUGUUACUGAUAAUUCUUCUGGAUCUAAGAUAACCAUCAAGGAAUGCCAGACUGAGCAUGCACAAUGCUCUUUUGUUCUUGACAAGAUUUUGGAAAUGGCAUCUGAUGGAUCACCUGCAAAACAGAAUUAUGGCAAUAUUGCCAUACUUUACCGGAGGCAGGUGUCAGGAAAGCUCUUCCAAGUAGCAUUUCGUGACAGAAAGAUGCCAUUUAAUGUUCAUGGUGUGGCCUUCUACAGGAAAAAGGUGGUUAAAGCCAUUAUUGCCAUGCUUAGAACAGCGUUGCCUAAAUGCGAUGAUGGUCCAUAUCGUCAAGCUUUCAAAGCGUUGCUUCCAUUUGAGAAGGAUGAAAAGAAGAGAGUUGUUGACCAUGUUGAGAAAAUCUUAACCAUUAGAAAGUGCAGCUUCAUAUCUGCUGCAAAAGACAUCUUUAGUGCAAAGAUUUCUGGCACCUUUAAAAGGAGUCAACUCAACCAGGGACGCAAGGUACUGUUGACACUUGAGAUGAUAUUGAAACUUGUUCACAGGGAACAAUCAAUUUCAGCUGUCAUUACGUCAGUGGCAAAUAUGGUACCUCAGCAAUACCUUCUUGAGCAGCGGGCAGUGGUUGAUGUUGAUGGUGGGAAAUUGUUGAAUGAAGACAAUGACCUCAGAUCUGUGCUUCAAUACUUACUGGAUGAUGUCUCUGAUUUUUUGUCGAUGCAAUGUGCUAUAAAGGAUGUUGGAGCUGUUAGAGAGGAAGAGAGAGGCUGCAUUACCACACUAAAAGAUUUUAUUGACUACAUAACAGAACGUGAGAAAGAAAAUUUCCGUUCUUGGAGACAUGAAAAUGAAAAUUCUGUUACCUUGACUACCAUUCAUCAGUCAAAAGGCUUGGAGUGGGACAUUGUUUUCAUAAUAAAGGCAAAUGAAUCCGAGAUUCCUUUGUUGCAUGAGUUCAAUGGUAUUACAAAAGAAAAUGGGACCUCAAUUGAAGAGGAAAGACGUCUUUUAUAUGUGGCAAUGACUCGUGCUCGAAAGAAACUAUUCAUUCUAUAUUACACAUUGGAUUCAAAUUGGCAGAUGCUUCAACCAUCACGAUUUCUCAAGGAGAUUCCAGAUCAUCUUCGAGAGAUUCAGGCUGAAGUAUGUCUACGAGAUUUACAAACAGAACCUCAAGAUAUCUCAAAAGGAACUGUCAACUCUACCACUAGUCUGCCUGGAGAAAAGCAACCUUCUGAAGUGCAUAGGGAUCCUAUCGAUUUUCUUGAAAUUCAAAACAAUAAUGACUUAAAGGAAUCAAAAGACCCAGUAGAUGUAUGCAAUGGAAAUAGUUUCUUGAAAAGAUUUGCUGUGGUGGACAGAUCAGUUGUUUCCCACUUAUUCCAUCAAUGGGCUAAGAAGCAAGCAUUCCAGAAUCCUAAGAGAUUGCUUGACAAGGUUGGCUUUGUUAUUGAUGAACGUCUGAGAAUUAAGAAAAACAAACACAAGGAUGUUUUGCGUGCAUUGAAGGCCUGCUUAAGCUGUGAUGAAGCAUUUCAAUAUGCAGAAUAUGCACUGAGAUGGGAGCAAAUUCCUGCUGAUGAACGCGCCCAUAUGAUGCGGGAGAAACAGGAGUACUUCCAGAAAGUAAGGAUCGAGAAUUCAAUGAGCACAUCUGCGCCAACACCAAAACAGAUUGGCUACUUGCAAAAUUUGGGAUGCACUGUUGUUCCCACAUCACGUCUCCAUGCCUCCCGUUUGAUUGAGCAAUAUAAAUCUCUGUGACUCCGGUUAUCAAUUGCUCAUUGUUGGCAGCUGCCCGUAUAUGAUGGUAAAUGUACAUUGCAAUACACAUAAAUAUUGAUAUGAUAAUUUAACAAAGAAGUUAUUCAAUGAGUUGUCGUGAUCAUUUGCAA